UUGAGAAUCACAAAACAGCGUGUUCUUAGCUCGAGCGGUGUCGCGCGCUCGGUAUCUCAUUCCACCGUGGAAAAUCUCCCCCUCUGUGUAUUUAUCGCAUCCUUAUAUCCUUUCUGACGUGCAUCCCGGCUGGCAGUGCUGCAGAAGGACUGCAUAUAUACAAGUACGUGUAGCCGUCGUCGUUGUCGUCCUUUUCGGUCGCAUAUUCACAACAGAUCGGGACCGUGCAGGAAUAAAAAGUGUUCUCGUGAGUAUUGGUUUUCUCGACGGUCGGUGUGUGUUGUCCCGAACUGGAAUCCGCGUUGCUCCUGUUCCUAUAAAGUCCUUGCGGAUUCGCAUUCGUCGUCGGCCAGCAGGGGGAACAAUCCGUGACUGGUCGCGCUCGUCGAUUCAAUCGUUCUGAAGUUCAAGUGGAAGUAAGACGCGAUUUUCCGCGAGUCCCGGUGCGUGUGUUCGACGACGGGUCAAUUUUUUUCUGCUGACUGUUGGAUAUUAAGCUUCUGGGGUUGCUGUGGCCGCCAGUGAUCAAGCUCGCGGUGCUUUAAGUAGAGUGAUUCCUAAACAAAGUGCACCCGGAAGAAGGUGAAUGUGUCCUCCCACGGUGCUGGAGAGAAUUGAUCAAGAAGGAUUCAAGUGAGAAACGAUUCCCGAAUCGGACGGAUUAAGUCGUGUGCAACUUGCAGCAGUGACCACUGAAAGGUGCAAAGGAUAACGAACAAGAAACGGCCGUAUCCUAGAAAAGGGGGUGCCGUGUGCUUCACGCAAGUACCUAAGAGACAGGGGGAAAGUAAACAAAAACGCGACCGAAUUGCAGUGAAUCGGCGGCGAAGAGUGUAACCCGAGGCAAUUUUGAAACCGAGCGGCUAGGAAGAACGCACGCGGCCAGAAGAUGGUACAGGCACUAGACGAAUACGAUAUUCAACCGGAUCUUCCGCAGGCCCUGCGACUGUUGGACGAGAUGAAUAAUAACUUCCAACAGGUUUCGGACCUCGUUGGCAAUAUGCUGCAGCGAGUUAAAACAGGUGAACUAUCCACAGAGUACGGACUCAACUUUCUGGAAAUAAAAUAUCACAUGCUGCUUAACUAUCUGAUCAACCUCACAUACGUCGUGCUGAGGAAGUGCUCCGGCCACAAGAUCGAAAAAGACCCCUCGAUCGAUCGACUCAUCGAAAUCCGCACAGUGCUCGAGAAGAUCCGCCCGAUCGACUACAAACUACGCUACCAGAUAGACAAACUGGUCAAAACGGCAGUAACCGGCGCAAGUGUUGCCGACGAUCCGACGUCUUUCAAAGCAAACCCAGCUAAUUUGAUGUCUCAGCUUCCGGAAACGGCUGGCGCCGAUGACGAUGCCUCCUCCGGUGGCGAUGAAUCCGACGAUUCAGCCAGGGUGAUGCAAAAACUUCGCAAAGCAAAGGCAGCCAAGUCGGGUCUGAGCAAACCGGAAGCGAGUAGUACAGGCGACGUGUACGUACCGCCCAAGCACAUGGCUGUGCCGUACGAAGAAGAAUCAAAGUCCGAUCGGGCGCGGAAACAGCUGGAACGGGCACGGAAACGGGCGCUGGGGUCAUCGUUGAUCCAGGAGCUGAAGGAGGAGUAUCUGGAUACGCCGGUGGAGAUUUCCUCCAGCUCGCGAGCGUUGCAGAAAUUGUCCCGCAGGGAACGCGAACGAGAAGAGUACGAGGAGAAAUAUCUGACCCGUUUGCCGAUUACCAAGGCCGACAAACACCGGAGUCGGAAGUUGACAACACUGGGCACUCUGGGCGAUGAACUAACGAGCUUUGGCGACAUAAGCGCUUUGGACGACGAGCUUCCAUCGUCGUCCGCUUCGAAGGCCGGCAAAAAGCGCAAAGCUUCCAAAGGCGGUAAAAAGCAUGGUAAGAAACGACGUUUCCGUUAAAACGAUGACCGGCCCCCCGAUUCAACUGUGCAUUCGGGUAUCAAUAUGUUCAUACGUUCAAAUUCAAUAUAUUGGUUUACAUAUAAAUGUUUCAAGUUUAUCUUUUUGAUUUAGUAAUGAUUCGAUUUUUCCUUAAGUUUUCCAUUUAACAGUCGUUGAUUUUCGCUUUGAUUUAGUUUGGUUACAGCUAGAUGAAUAUUAUUAUCACAUAGAUUUAGUAUCUUUACAUGAUUCUUACUUAUCAUGUACAAAUAAAACACAAAAUAGCACGAUGAGAGUAAAACUAAUAAGAAAACUUACAACAAGUUACUGUUGCUGAAAUAAGAAUUAUUGAUUUUUAAAUGAAAAUACACUCACCAAGAGCCUUUAUGAUAUAUUUAUACGAGAAUAUUUUCAAGUUUCUUCCAAUCAAUGAAUGACUCUGGGCGAGAAUUAGGAUUGGAGAUCUUUCCUGGCGGUUGAACUCUGCUUCCACCGCAUCCACAAAUAUAUACAGAACGGUAUUGAUACCAAUGGAGUAUGACUACAAAUACCGAUUAAGCGCAACCAUAGUUACAAAUAUACAAGCAAGCAUAAACUGAGAAAUAGUUGACGACUAUUGGUGAACAACGAUUCAUGUUCGCUGAACCAGAAACACAAUUGUUGCCUUUUAUAUAGUGAAUUAUAACGAAAAUAUUCUUUUUCUAUAGACAAACAUACAGAUACAGAUAAAACUCAGUUGACCAGUUUUGUGUUAAAUAAUCAAAUGCAUACAAAUAUAAACGGAUAACCUCAACUAACCAAGCUUGGAAGGUGGCGGUGGGAUCGGCGGGAACGAUUUCCAUGGCAUCCAAAUUCUGUUCCGUAAAAUCGCCCAGUAGUUCGAAAUAAAAACAAACAAUUUAAAGAAACUUCAUUUCUUACAACCGAUACAUAGGAGUUGUAUUGGCAGCAUCAGAAUAAAGAAAAGAAAUACUUUAUAACCAUUAAUCAGAUACAUUUUUAUGACGAAUCAAAUACAAAACAAAACAGAUAAAAACACUCAUGAAUAAUAUUCCUAUCAAACGCAAAAGAGUUACUACAGUUGAAAUAAUAAUAGAAAUAACCAGAACUAACAGAUGUAACGUCCAAGAGUGCAGAGAAAUGAAAUCAAAAUAAUCCAUACACGACGACAGAGAGUUUAAUGGGAUGCAACAACAACACAGGACCGAAUGGAGGACACACGCGAGGAGCGUCGUCCGUAGGAUAGAUUAGUCGAUUAGGAUUGUGGAAAUAUUCUUUGAUUUCUGUUAACCAUUGUGUUGUUUUACAUAUUUCCUGGUUAGUUUCCGAUUAAGUUUUCGUUUUCAUAAUAAAAUCUUGGUUUAAGUUUUAGGUUAACCCCAAUA